AAAAAACUGUAGGUAUAAAUACCAUAUUAAUACUGCAUUUAUAUUGAUACUACCUUUCCAUAUUGUGCACUUUUAUUUAAUACAUGUAACCAUGUUCUUGCGUUGAUAAAUCGUUUUAAAAGAGAACUAUUGACUAUUCUAUCAAUAAAGAUAUAUUCAGAAUCGUUGAACAUGAAUACACGAUAGUUUUUUGUUCACAUCAAGGAAGAGUUGCUUUAAUGAACAAAUAUCAAGUAAAUUGCUCCAAAAAACAAUUUUAUUAUCCAACCAUUUUUUAUCAAACUUUACUCCUUAAGAAUGUGCUAACAAUUUAAAUUAUUCGACAUUAAAUAAAAAUUGUUCAUUAUUUUUAAAAAUUUUGUUGUACUUAAACAAAAUUUUUUUAUAAGUCCUUUUUGAUCAAAUACUACUAAUCCGUAUUUGGAAUUUAUAAAUAUUGAAGACAUGGCGAAAAGGUGAUUUAAAUAUGUAAAUAGUUUUAAAAAAUUAGAAUAUUAAGAAUAAGGAGUAAAAAAAUAUAAAAUAAAAAUGUAAUAACAAAGAAUAAAUCAUGUUUUAACCAUUUGCUUACAUAAUUAUAUUUUUAAAGUUUUAAAAAUAUUUAAAAAAAGGAGAGCAAAAUAGAUUUCCUAAUAAAUUAUUAAAAAAAAAAAAUGUCAAUGUUGAAAUAUUCUCUAAAAUGUUUUUUAAUAAUACUAAAAAUAUUAUAACGUUUUUAUAAAUAAUAAUACGAAUCCUAACUUUUAUUAAUUAUAUUAUGCAUUUGAUUGCGAAUUAUCGAUCAAACUUGAUCGAAAAAAUGACAGCAUAGAAACGAAUAAACGGGGAAUUCUCAUUUUUCUAUUAUUUAUGACAGGUAAAAUAUUUUAUACUAUUAUUAUUCUACAUUGGAAACAAAUGUUGUAAAGACAGCUGAUAUUUUUAUUAUCUCAGUAAUAAUUAUAUAUCAAUGAAAAAACGUGCAUAUAUGUAUGAGUGUUGUUCGUACUUAUAAUCAUUGUUUUUCAAUAUAUACUGUAAUAAAAUUAAUUGAUUGUAUGAGAUAAUUAUAAAUCUUUAUAGAAUAGCGACACUUGGAAUGGAGAAAACUAAGACUGCAUUUUGUACAGAUAUGGAUAAAUCUGUGAUAGUGCAUAAUUUUGAAAAAAGAGGUUGGUCACAAGUUGGUCCACAAGAUGAUUGGAAUGUUUAUUGGGCAGCUACACAAUCAUGUAGAAAUAUUUUUAGCGUAGAAACCGGAUAUAGAAUGAAUGAUAAUCAGAUUAUAAAUCAUUUUCCAAAUCAUUACGAAUUGACCCGAAAAGAUCUUUUAGUAAAAAAUAUUAAACGUUAUCGCAAAGAUUUAGAACGGGAAGGGAAUCCUCUCGCAGAAAGAGGAAGUGGAUCGGGAAAGUAUCUUCAUUUGGAUUUCAUACCUGUUACUUUUGUUUUACCGGCAGAUUACAAUAUGUUCGUGGAAGAAUAUCGAAAGUCACCACAAAGUACAUGGAUUAUGAAACCAUGUGGGAAAUCCCAAGGAACGGGAAUAUUUUUAAUAAAUAAAUUGAGUAAAUUAAAAAAAUGGUCGCGGGAAGUUCGAAAUCCAUUUAAUCCAAAUCUUACCAAGGAAUCUUACGUUAUAUCUAGGUACAUAGACAAUCCACUUUUAAUUGGAGGGAAAAAAUUUGAUCUUCGUUUAUAUGUUCUUGUUGCAUCUUUUCGUCCAUUGAAAGCUUAUUUAUUUAAACUUGGUUUUUGUCGUUUUUGUACUGUAAAAUAUGACACCAGUAUUCAAGAAUUGGAUAACAUUUAUGUACACUUAACCAAUGUUUCUGUACAAAAACAUGGUGAUGAAUAUAAUAGUAUACACGGUGGAAAAUUAAGUUUACAAAAUUUACGUUUGUAUUUGGAGAGUACGCGAGGGAAAAUUGUAACGGAAAAAUUAUUUUCAAAUAUUUCUUGGUGCAUUGUACAUUCGUUAAAAGCUGUUGCACCUGUAAUGGCAAAUGAUCGUCAUUGUUUCGAAUGUUACGGUUACGAUAUUAUUAUUGAUAAUAAAUUAAAACCAUGGCUCAUUGAGGUCAAUGCUUCUCCAUCACUGACAUCGACAACAGUAAAUGAUCGAAUAUUAAAAUAUAAAUUAGUAGAUAAUAUUAUAUCUGUAGUUUUAUCACCAAGUGGAAUACCUGAUGUAAGAUGGAAUAAACGUCCACGUCCAGAAGCAUUAGAUAAUUUUGAACUCCUUUUGGACGAAGAAUUAUCGACACAAGAGGAGAAAGUCAAUUCAAUAGAUAAAUAUCGAAAUUUAACUGGUAAAUGGAAAUAAAUGAUAUAAUUAUAACAAUAUCGGAAAUAUAUUUAUGCCUUUACACAAUGAUGUUUUAAAAUACCAUAAGGAAAUCAAUAAACUAAUAUGCGUAAUUUCAUUAAUUUAAAAUACAUUAAUAAAAAUUUUAUUUUUUGUACAAAUAUUUUACAAACGUACAGCGCUAUACAUUCAUACAAAUGUAAAAAAAAUAUAAACAAUGAUUUCAGUCUUCAAUACUAGACAUUAUUAAUAUAAUACGAUAGAUUCCUUCAAGGCAAUGUAAAAUGGCAGUGCGAGGUCAGAACCUUUAAGACUCUUAAUAUAUUUUAUACAGGAUUCGAUAAUUGUGCUAUACAUUAUAAUGAUAAUAUUUAAAUGAUUAUGGCACAAUUUUCUAAUUGAGCUACAUUUACAGGAACAAUGAAGUGGACGAUGUGUACAUCGGAUAAAAUUUUACGUAAUGUAAUCAUUAUUACACGUAUUUCACAUACAUCAGACCUCAAAAUAUUUAACGAAUAUUCAAAUAUAUUUAUGAUGUAUUAAGUUGAAAUUUUUCUAUUUACAUAUUACAGUAUAGAGAAAAAUUUUCUUGAAUAUUACAAUAUAACUACAAAAUGGUUUUUCAUGUGCAAUUGUUUUACUGUUACGAUAUAUUUGAUAUUUCGUUCAUGCAUUCUUAUCAUGUAUGUACAAACUACUAUAACAUGGUUCAAUUUAUAUUUAGAUAUUUUGCAAGUUUUAUUAGGCUUUCAUUACUUAAAAUACUUUUGAUAUUAUUAGCUUAUUAACGUAGAUAUCAAGUAAUGCUUGCAUGCUGCCUGUUUAAAUUACUUCAAAACCUGAUAUGUUUAUUAUUUCAAAUUAUGUGUUUAAUACUAUAUACUUAUGUACAUGUAUCAGAAGUUAAGACUUUCUAUAAAAGAACAGAGAUCUCUGAUCAUAAAAUGAAUAAUAAAAUAUAUAAUGCAGCCUUUGGUUGAAUUCUACCGUACAUAAAAAACAUGUGAAUGUGCUUAAGAGUAAUAAUAUAUAAUGCUGUAUAUGUAUAUGUACAAGUGUAUAUACAUAUACUUAACUAUAUAGAAUAAAAA